AUGCUGUAGUUUUUCUCUCCAGCCAAAAAUCCUGAACACUUGCCGGAAUGCUGGAUCCGGCAUUAAAAUUUCCGCAUUGAUGGAUCUGGUCUUCCGGUCCACGCACGCACAGACCUUUAAAUCUGUGAAAAAAAGAAAUACCGGAUCCGUUUUUCCAGAUGACAACCGGAAAGACGGAUCCAGAUUGCUGCCGAAAUCCUCUGCCGCAAGUUUGAAAGUAGCCUAACUCCACACAAUGAUUAGCACGCGGAUUUGCUGCAUGAAAUGUCCGCAGCGCGUGGAUGAGACUUGUUAACAUACUGUACUUUGUUGCGGAUCCGACAGCUAGAAUUCCUGGACAAAUACAGUGUAUAGUGGAGGGAGUGUGCGCGCGCGCGCAUGCACUGGUAUGACGUCACAUCUAAUAGGUUGUAUGGCGCUGUAAUAUAGCCGUGUGCAGACAGCUGGCUGUACACACAAAGAUGUUUGAGUUCAGAUUUGGGCCAUAUAGCUAAGGCCAGGUUGACAUCACCGUUUCUGUUCUUCUGAUCCGUCAGAAAAAUAAAGAAAAAACGACCCUGUAUUUUAAGCAUCCGUUAUGCUCAGUUAGGCACACUUGGCAUCCCUUAUUUUGCCGUUCUGCGGCCACAUCUCCAACCCGUCCCCAUUAUAGUGAAUGCGGCCAGGCCGGACUUCCUGCAGCACACGUGAAAUGCCUACAAAAAGAAGACACAUACCAACCCUGGAUGAUGAAGAGGUUGAUGAGAAGAAAGUAUCUGGAAUUCGGAGGGAAAACGCCUCAGUCUCUAGCAAAUAUUUCCAGAGCCAGAAAAUGCGUCUCUUAUCUGACUUCUACAAUAAGCCCUGCAUUGAGCUGGCAAAGUCUUUCUUGGGACAGAUUUUGGUCCGCAGGCUCCCAGAUGGGACGGAACUUCGUGGGACAAUUGUAGAAACAGAGUCCUAUUUAGGAGGGGAAGAUGAAGCUUCACAUUCAAGAGGAGGAAAGAGGACAGAACGAAAUGUAGCAAUGUUCAUGGAACCUGGGACCAUAUACGUUUAUCAGAUUUAUGGCAUGUAUUUCUGUAUGAACGUUUCCAGUCAGGGAGAUGGAGCUGCUGUCCUUCUGCGCUCCCUAGAGCCGAUGGAAGGUCUUGAUACAAUGAGAAGGUUCAGAAAUGCCAAAAGAAAUGUGCAGAAGCCUCUAAAAGAUAAAGAACUUUGUAACGGACCCUCAAAACUUUGCAUGGCAUUUGCCAUUGAAAAGAAUUUUGACCGACGAGACCUUGCAAAUGACCAGAGCAUAUGGCUGGAAGCUGGUCCAGAAAUUCCAGAGGAGGACAUUGUUUCUUGUGCACGGAUAGGGAUUAGUAAUGCCGGAGAAUGGACUCGUAAGCCUCUGCGUUUUUAUAUUAAAGAUAAUAAGUUUGUCAGUGUGCGAGACAAAACUGCAGAGAUUUCCGUGAAUACAGAACAUGUAUAGGAACAUUCAUUGGAAGGAUUUCAUGGCAACUCAAAAUCUGCUGUUAUAACACUAGUGUCAGUACAUUCUGCAAGCUAAUGUUUGUAAUACACAGAACAGUCAGAGGGUUUCUGUGUUAUAAUCAGUGGCAAGAGACGGAGCCAUAAAAUAUUCCAUAAAAGUAAGAACUGGAAUUAUCAAUUUCAUGUUGUAUAGUUUCCAGGUAUACAAUAAAGGGGUUUACCUACAAAAAUACUUAUUUCCUGUCACCAGUAGUCUGACCGCUGACUAUCAGACACUUAUUCCCUUAGGGCUAUU